CCCGGUCCUAAAGGAAGUCAGGGACCAGCGGGACCCAAGGGAGAUAAGGGUGACCAAGGAGAUAUUGGUCCCAGGAUGGUCUUUCCCCGCUAUGACCAUGGCUUUAUGUCUGGUGACCAGUCCAACUUCCAGAGACGCUUAAUAAAGGGUGACCAAGGGUCUCCUGGCCCCAGAGGCCCUCCUGGAAAUACGGGAAAAGAUGGGCCCCGUGGCCCGGCUGGAGAACAGGGUUUCCCUGGUCGCGAUGGUAUGGAGGGCCAAGCAGGUUCACCUGGAAAGCCAGGUGAAGAUGGUGAAGCAGGAUACGCAGGACCACAGGGACCCCCAGGGUCAAAGGGCCCGGCUGGUGAGAGGGGCAUGGACGGACUCCCUGGGUUUAAGGGAGACAAAGGAGAUAUCGGAGAGCAAGGAGCCCAGGGAGACAUGGGUUACCCUGGUGAGAAAGGGGUUCCAGGCUCUACUGAGGUCAUUGACUUCAAUGGGAAGCUGCUAGAAGCCUUCCAGGCCAUCCAGACCAUCAGUGUCAGGGGCCCACCAGGAUUACCAGGGUCCCCAGGUGGAAAGGGUCCAAAGGGAGAUAUGGGGGAGACAGGGUCAAUCGGAGAGAAAGGAGAGAAAGGAGAGAUGGGUCUCUCUGGGCCAGGGGGAAUAGAUGGACAGAAGGGAGAGAUGGGAGACUCCAGGCUGGAAGAUAACCUGGUUCAGAUGAUUUCUCAGCCGGGCCCCCCAGGACUCCCAGGCCCGCCAGGACUCCCCGGACCUCCAGGGUACAUGGGUCACCAUGGAAUGUCUGGCCCUAAGGGAGAGCCUGGAGACAGCGCUAAAGGGGAAAAGGGAGACAUUGGACCUGCUGGACUGAGGGGUAUGGACGGUCCUCAGGGUCCCCCUGGUCCCACAGGAUUGGUGGGUCUCCCAGGCACAAAAGGAGAGAAGGGCAAGUCCGGGGAGCCUGGAAUGGAUGGUUUCCCAGGCCUGAUUGGUGAGAAGGGAUCCCGGGGAGACAGAGGAGACAAGGGUGACCGGGGGACGAUGGGGAAGAGAGGUCUGAAGGGCGGGAAGGGGGAGCAGGGUCCUCCUGGACUGGACCAGCCCUGUCCUGUGGGUUCUAAUGGGACUAAAGGACUUUCUGAUGAAGGGGUACAGUCCACCCCUCCUCCUCUUCCUCCUUCUGGCCCUGAGCCCCCCUGUCCUUUGGGGCAAGAUGGACUGCCCAUACCAGGAUGUUGGCACAAGUGAUGACUAACAUCAAGCGUGGCCACUGUACAUAUUGAUAUGGUAUAUAUUGCAACUGAAUAGUACAUUGCUUUUUUGUUAUUUUUUGCCUUUUUAUGGAAACGUUUUAUAUAAUAUAUUGAGCUUCUUCUUUUUUUUAAUCAUGGACGUUAUUUUGAAUCAACAGUAUUAACCAGACUGGAUAUGUCUAUCGAUACAGAUAUUUUUUGUACACCUUUAGAUGUGAAGUAAAAUGUAGUAAAUGGAACACAGCCACCUUGGAGCAACAUCGGGUACGAGAAAUAUAGGAGCAAACAGACUUCUAACCUAACAGACAGACAGACUGAUGGGCGGAUGGACGGACAGACACACGUGUUGCUGGAGGGUUGAUGAAUAGGGAGAGUGGGUAAUGACUGCCUUACUAAUGGAGUAUCGUCUGCCCUGUUGCUGCCUGGCCCUGUUGCUGCCUGGCCCUGUUGCUGCUUGACCCUGUUGCUGCCUGACCCUGUUGCUGCCUGGCCCUGUUGCUGCCUGGCCCUGUUGCUGCCUGGGGGUGUGUGCUUGCUCCACCCUGCUCGAUCCCAUGGAUGGACAGACCUCCUGGUGUGAUAGACAGAGGAGUGUAGUCAGUGCUCUCUUCUCCUCUCUCUGUUUUUGAAAGGAGGAGAUAGAAGCUCAAACGCAAAUGUCUCACUCUCUCUCAGCCCUGAGGGGAGAGCAGGUCUGGAGGACAGAGAGAAGACGCGGGACAGACAGACAUGAGGGCACAAAGGACAGACAACCUCUAGAGAGUGACGGAACGGU